AUGAGUGACGGACCCCUCUACCUGGGGCUCGACCUUUCGACCCAGCAGCUCAAGGCCAUCGUUGUCCAGUCCGACCUCACUGUCGUCUCGGACGCGAAAGUCGACUUCGACCAGGACUUUGGAGCCAAGUACAAGAUCAAGAAGGGCGUGCUUCUCAACGAAGAUGAGGGGGAGGUGUUUGCCCCCGUGGCCAUGUGGCUCGAGUCCCUCGACCUGGUCCUGCAGCGCCUACAGGAGAAGAAGACGCCCUUGAACCGGAUCCGGGGAAUCAGCGGCUCUUGCCAGCAGCACGGCAGCGUCUACUGGAGCCGCCAGGCCGACGCCCUCCUCGGCGGUCUGAAGCCGGACAAGCCGCUGGUGGAUCAGCUACAGGAUGCCUUCUCGCACCCGUACGCCCCCAACUGGCAGGACCACAGCACGCAGCAGGAGUGUGACCAGUUCGAUGCCAGGCUGGGGUCAGCACAGAGGUUGGCUGAGGUUACGGGGAGUGCUGCGCAUCAUCGCUUCACCGGCACUCAAAUACUGCGCCUCCGUAAAAAGCUCCCUGACAUGUACGCCAACACGUCCCGCAUCUCCCUCGUCUCCUCAUUCCUCGCCUCGCUCUUCCUCGGCGCCGUCGCGCCCAUGGAUAUCAGCGACGCCUGCGGCAUGAACCUCUGGGACAUCGCGGCCAACAACUGGAGCGAGCCGCUCCUCGAACUAACAGCCGGCGCCGAUGGCGUGGCCGAGCUGCGCAGCAAGCUGGGCGAGGUCCGCCUGGACGGCGGCGGCAGCAUGGGCCGCAUCAGCGGCUACUUCACCUCCAAGUACGGCUUCAGCCCCAACUGCGAGGUCGCGCCCUUCACGGGUGACAACCCGGCGACCAUCCUGGCGCUCCCGCUCCGGCCGCUGGACGCCAUCGUCAGCCUUGGCACCAGCACCACCUUCCUCAUGAGCACUCCCGUCUACAAGCCGGACCCGAGCUACCACUUCUUCAACCACCCGACCACGCCCGGCCAGUACAUGUUCAUGCUCUGCUACAAGAACGGCGGGCUAGCCCGCGAGAAGGUGCGCGACGCCCUACCGAAGCCCGCCCCGGGGGAGGAGAAGGAGGAGGAGGAGGAAGGGAAGGACACGUGGGCGACCUUCAACAAGCACGCCCUGGCCACCCCGCCGCUCGAUGUCAAGUCGCCCUCGGACCGCGCCAAGCUGGGCCUGUACUUUUACCUCCCCGAGAUCGUCCCCAACAUCCGCGCCGGCACCUGGCGGUACACGUGCGACGCGCGCGACGGCGGCGACCUGCGGGAGGAGGCGGCGCCGUGGCCCGCCGAGACGGACCCGCGCGUCAUUGUCGAGUCGCAGGCGCUCUCGAUGCGCCUGCGCAGCCAGAAGCUCGUGCACAGCCCGGACGCCCGGCUGCCGGCGCAGCCGCGCCGUAUCUACCUCGUCGGCGGCGGCUCCCUGAACCCGGCCAUCGCGCGCAUCAUCGGCGACGUCCUGGGCGGCGCCGACGGCGUGUACAAGCUCGACGUCGGAGGCAACGCCUGCGCUCUUGGCGGCGCCUACAAGGCCGUCUGGGCCUUUGAGCGCGCCGAGGGUGAGACCUUUGACGACCUGAUCGGGAAGAGGUGGAAGGAGGAGGGCGCCAUCAAGAAGGUCGCUGAUGGAUACCAGGAGGGCGUGUUUGAGAAGUACGGGAAGGUGCUGGGGGCGUUUGAACAGAUGGAGGAGAGGAUCCUAAAGGUGGCGAGGAACCAGUGAAGCGAGACGGGGCAGCAGCAGAAGAAGAAGAAGGAGGAGCUGGUGGAAGAUAAUGGCGAGCACCCGGGAGAUGAGAUGAACUGCAAGAUGCAUCUAGAUAUCUGUAAUGCUCAGCAAUCACCAACCGCUCGUCUGAGUCG